GUGUAGACUUUUUUGUUUACAUUUUAACAACACGCCGCAAAAACAAAUUCAUUAAAAAAAUUUAAAUUUUGUAGAAGCUUUAAAAAACUAGUAAGUCAAAAAAAAACAUUCUUUCUAAAAGAAGGUACAACGAUUUUAAUUCUAAUUAUGAAAGUUGUUAAAAGGAAGAUAAAAACUAAUAAAAAAGAUCAUAACAAUGGUUGGACUAUUGAAGAAACUUCAGCAGGACCUUCAAAAAAAAUGGUAAAGUUAUUGUCAUGGUCUGAAAGUGAUAUAAUCAGCAAUGAUGAGACCGAAGAGAAAACCUGCUGCUUAUCGAUCAAUAAAAAUUUAAUACUGCCAACAUUUGCACAAGAUUUUAGUAAAAGUUUCAAAAACACUCAAAAAUUCUCAAGAAACUUCGUGGAAUUGAAGAACAAACCUUUUCAAGUAGCUGUAGUUGAACAUUUUCUUGAUGACAAAUUUUUCAUCACUGGACUUGUUAAUGAAAUUGAAAAUAUUGAAUGGACGAGGAAACAAAUGGAUCUUUACGAAUUCUAUCAGUCAACUGAUCUUGCAAAUAUAGAAAACGAAUAUUUAGCAACAUUUUUUAAAUUUCUCAAUACCGAUGUUCGUUUAUGGAUGCAAGAACUUACAGGAAUGAAAUUUAAAAAGAUUUCAGCAUCUUGUUCCAUGUAUAAUAAUGGAGAUUUCCUUUUGGCUCACGACGACUUACUUUCUGAUCGUUUGAUAGCUUAUGUGUUUUAUUUGAGUCCUUGGGAAAACAAAGAAAAAUGGAAUGAUUCAAUGGGAGGUGCUUUAGAAUUAUUUGAAACAGACGACGAUGGACAACCAAAAUUUCCAGUGUCACAGAAAAUUUUUCCAGCAAACAAUCAACUUGUUUUCUUUAAAGUUGAAAGAAAAUCUUUUCAUCAAAAACAAAUUGAAGAGAAUUCUGAAGCUGCACUUGGUGAUUUCUUAAUAAGUGACGUUCACAGUAAUGUAUUGCAAGAACUUGAAAGUAAAGAGCUUCGUUGGAUUACAAAAGGACCUGCACAUCAACAAAAUUACGAAUAUUUGAAUAUUGAAAAUCUCGGAAAAAAUUCACAAAUUAAAAGAUUGUGCAAUGUUUUUUCAUCUGAAUUUAUGUUCAAGCUUUUACAUGAGUAUACUGAACUUGAUCUUUAUGGAAAGAAGGCUACAAAUCCUAACUAUGUUAUUGAGAUCCAACGUUGGAAAGGUGGAAACUAUAAAUUAAUCGGAGAUCCGUCAACUUUCAACAAUGACACCCUUGAUUUGAUUUUGUAUUUUGGUAGGAAUGACAAUGUCGGUACUAUUACAUAUCUGACACCUGACGAAGAUGAAACUGAUGAUCAUACAUCAAUUGAUUCAAGUCAUGAUGAUGAACCUGUUCUUUUAACAAUUUAUCCUCAAAACAAUUUCUUGAACAUUAUUUAUCGAUCAGCGGGUACAGCGAAAUUCACUAAGUAUUGUUCAAAAUCUACAAUAACGGAGAACUUUAUUUUAAAUAUAUACAAUAAAAUGGAAGAAAGUUCAAAUAAAUCAAAAGAUGAAUUUUCAAGAAUUUUAAGCACAAUCUCGUAUAUUGUCGUAAUUUUCAUAAUUGGGAUACCUAUGUGGUGGAAAACUACUGAAAUUCACAGGGCAUCUCUACCUUCAAAUGAGAUUUUGUCUCUUGAUGUUACUCCCAUAACAUUUACAAUGAAUAUAGCUGUAUUUAUAAGCAAUGAUGAUAAAAGGAGAAGAACUGUAGAUGAUCUUCAAAGUUUAUUUGAUACAAAUGAUAUUUUUAAGGCUAACAUUUCUGGCUUAAAUAUUGAAUCAUCGCAAACAGCAAACAUAAAAACACCAGCAAAAUUAGAACAAAUGAUUAUGAUGCAUUACAAAGUCAAACCAGGAAAUUUAUUGCUCAUUGAGUGGAAGAAUUUAGAAGAAGAUGUUCUUGUUACUUCAGAUAGAACAGUUUUCAUUUCAGAAAAUGUUGCAAUUGAUCGAAUUUAUCACGUUAUAAGAACUUGGAUUGUCCGCGACUAUAAAAUCCGAUCUAUUCUUGGUCAAGUGAUGACAUUGGAUGGGAAGCAAUUGCGACACAAUGUUCCACCACCACCACCUGAAUAUGAAGUGCUGAUUUCUGUUUUAAAUCCACGUCCAGAUCUUCAAACUCUUCACUGGAAUAUAAAAAAAGCUUCUGAUCAGUAUUUGAAGCCAUUUCUUAAUGAAUUCAAUGAACUAUCGCAAUUUACAUUGAAGUCUCAAAGAAAAUAUCAAGUUGAAUUAAAAUAUGGAAGUCAGCAGAUCAAAGAUGAAACAAAAAUUGGUCGACAUUUUGCUUUAGAUCAUGAAACAUUACCUCACAUAAUAACAUCAAUCGAACGAAAGCUUGGCACUGAUGUGGUCAACAAACCUUGCGUUCAUCUUGUCAUUUAUUCGCCACCAUGUCAAAUGGCUCCAGUUUAUAUUUAUAAGAAUGGUCAACGAGUUUCUAAUUUCACUUAUGAUUCAUUUAUUUCUGCAAAAUGGGGUGGAAUUGUCAUCGUGAAUCCAUCUGAAAAUGCUUGCAUAUCGCCACAAGAUGAUGAGCCACGAAAUAUUUAUCUUCAUUCACAUGAAGUGAUGGAUUUUGUGCUCUAUCAGCUUAGAAAAAUUUUUGAUCUUGAAAUUGAAAUUCCACUGCCUUCAUCAUCGAUCGUAGGUUUAGAUCAAGUAAAGCCAAGAAUUUGGGAACGUGACAUGAUUUUGAGAAAUGGUGCUAUUCAUUUGAUUGCUUCAGCGUCAUCGACAAUAAAAUCGCUUAUCAAACUUCUCGAUGAUAUCAAAAAUAUUGUGAUUGGUGAUCACGUUGCUUCAGAAAUUCAUCAAGCAUAUGAAAAUGUUGUGAUAGCCAAAGAACUUUUGUCAGUAAAUGAAAUUCAUGAAGCUGUAAAACAUGCAAGAAAAGCAUUCAUAGCUGCUGAGAAAGCAUUCAAUGAUCCAAGUUUAUUAGAACUUUUAUAUUUUCCAGAGGAACAGAAGUACGCCAUUUACAUUCCACUCUAUUUACCAAUCAUGAUUCCAGUUGUAUUCAGCAUCUCAGCUGUUAGGAAAUAUUUUAAGAAGAAUAAACAGAAAGAGGCGCCAGCUAUCGAAAACGAGAGCGAAGAAAAACUCAUUGAAGAGCCCAAAGAUUAGAUAAAUAAAUUGGAAUUAAAAAAUGCACGAACAAAGAUUUUUGUUUCUUUUCCUUCUUGUUUGAAUAAAAAUUCUUAAAAAAUA